UUUACACACUUGAUAAGUUAAUAUCAAUGUUGAGUAUUAGUCACCUCCAAUUUGUUUGGUUUCUUUGAUUUAGAUUGUGUCCAAGUUUCGCUAGCUUUUAGAGCGAUUUUUCCAACGAAAAAACCUUAUUUGCGACAAAUCAAGUAAUAUGUCGCAACCCGAAGAUAAUAGACCUUCACUCGCAGCAUUAACACCCCAUGAUCUGCUGUACAUAUUUGGCUACCUAGAUAAUGACGAUCUGCGGCAGUGUCGUCUCGUCUGUUCACACUGGUAUCACAUAAUCAAACAUGAACACCGGCUAAUCAACCGAUUUCGUAUGGGUUUGACUCUUGAUUCUGGUUCCGUUGUGUCAUUGAACGAGCCACCGUUCGCUAUUGUCGAGAACAGCAGGAUAAAGGUGAAGAGGAUCACCAUAAAAGACGAUUUCCUGGAAGCAGGCAAUAGCAUAGCCGUGGUGGAGGCGAACCGGUUGAAACUGUUGCAGCUGUCCGAAAUUCUAAGAGAUAAAAAUGGGGCGAGUACAAUCACUGAAAUGAUUGUUCAUGCCAAAGAUGAUGAACCGCGUACGAACGCCUUGCUAUUUGAAUCGAUCAUGGAAAUGAAGUCGCUACGCGUUCUACGAUUUACACUGACUGCAUUCGUUCACUGUCUGGAAAUAAUGUGUGCUAAUACGGUGGAACAAUGUAAAAGCCUCGAGCACGUCCAAAUCAUGCACAUCGAUUGCAAGCGAUUGAUUUUUGACGAUUUUCAACGUCUGCUAACAGUAUUCCCGAACAUCAACCGAAUCGAUAUCAAGACGUAUGACACGAUGCUACUUGGCGAAGACAUUCUCCACAGAUUUGCUCAUCUAAUCAAGUCGAUCGAAAAAUUGGAAUCGUACACCUUGUCGGAGGUGGUUCAUGUGCCAAAUAUGUUGCUCAAGCACAUUUCAUACGAAUGGUGCGACGAUGAUGACUCUGAUAUGAUUACGUUCACGGAAUUCCUAAAUGCACACAGCGAAAUCGAGACCGUGCACUUGAAAGUCGUGCAUAAUACAGAACCUUUCCUGUACAGUGCCAUCGAGCAGUUGACCGAUUUUGAAUUGACCGUCAAGAAGUCGGACGAUUCAGAUGAAGAAGUUAUGAAAUUGGGCGACUUACUGAAGGGAACUCCGAAUUUGCAAAAGCUUUCCGUCCGAUACAGAGGCAAACCUGAGUUUGGCCAUCAAGUCGUCCAACUGAAACAGUUAACUGAUGUGACGAUGAGACGAUAUUGUUUAGAUUGCGAGCCGUGUUUCAUCGCAGUACUGAAAUCCAUAGCGAAUGUUACAACGCUUAAGUUCAUGCGGCAUAGUGAGAUGAACGUGAAGCAGUUGACUUUAAUUUCGAAACACCUGCAGCAUCUUCAGAGUCUACAGUUGAUGUUUCAGGAUAGCGUCGAGCUUCAAAACAAGUUUGCACGAUGGCCGGCAAUGCCAAAACUGAAAACGUUGAUCGUCAACCGAGUGGGACACUUAACUAACAAAGCAAUCGAAAAACUACGAGAAAGUUGUCCGAUGCUCGAAGUACUUCGAUUCUAUUCAGUUCGCGGUCGCGGUGCCCAGAUUCCCAACUUGUUGAAGCUUAUUUUCAACAGUUUUCCCAAUUUGCAAACCGUUACUUUCAGAGGUGGUCGUUGCACUCAAAUACAUCAUCUCAAUUACAUCACCGGCAAAGUGGGAUGCCGACUGAGAGAGCUUGACAUUUCCGCAUACAUUCAACCGGCUGCCAUAAUAAAAUUGUUUGAAAAUAGCACUUCGUUGGAAACAGUUCGCUGUAAAUAUGGUUCGCUGGUGGUCACGCGUCGCAUUUACUACGAGUCAGCCGUUUUAAAUGCUUACCCUCUGGAUUCGAUGCAACAGCCGCUGAAAAAUCGGAAGCGGUUGCACAUAUACGAGGAUCUGUCGUCGGAUUCGGAGACCAGUGACAGUGAGGAAAGCUCGUCCGCAUCGUCGUAUGAAACAAUCGAUGAGGACGACGACGAAGAGGAUGAGGACAGCUAGUGUAGAAUUGAAAUUCGGAGAGAAUUUUCGUUUAUUGAAACAACGAAUAAAGUCUGACUGGAAAAAUGAAG